GGCUUUGCCCAGGUUUGACGUGUUGCAGGCCUUCGUAAAUACAUAAUCUUCUCUCCGUCCCUCACGUACAAGAUUAAAACUCCCCCCCCCCUCUCACAAACGCACGAUAUAAAACUCCUCUCUCUCUCUCUCUCUCACUCUCAUCGGCCUAGAUGAAACUUUUGCAAGCCAUUUGUAUGACUAAAACACCAGCCUAUAUCAACCUGCAUGGCCCUGCUACAAAAAUCUACAUCAUCUAUCACAAUAAGCUUCCCAUAUGGAAGCCAUCCAUCACUCUCUCUAUACCAACACCUUCCCUGUUCAACAACAGGGAUCAUCUUACAACUCUCUCUCUCAAGAUGAACGAGUCCUUCAUCCUGGAAGAAGAAAAAGAAGAAGGAGAAGAAGAGAGUGAAAAUUCAGACCAGCCAUUCAAUUCAGACUUUCUGGGUUCCAUGAUAAUGAGCUGUACCAGCAAAAAAACCCUUUCUCAUGGCAUGUGCAUCCAUGGCUACAUAAUAAAAAGUGGCUUCAUGAGAGAAACCUUCCUCUGCAACAAUCUCAUCAACAUGUAUGCAAAGUCUGCGAAGAUCGAUCAUGCCCAGAAAGUAUUUGAGAAUACUACUCAUCGCAACAUUGUCUCUUGGACCACCAUGAUUUCAGGUUUCUUCCUCUCUUUCCCAUCAUGGCCUCUUUAGAGAGAGACAAUUGGCUUUAGAUAGAAGAAACUGUCUUAGAGAGAGAAGGUUACGCAAGCAUCCCCGACAUGAAAAACAUCGUUGAGCUCUUUAUGCGAAUGCAUGUAGAAGAAGAAGCCAUGGCUCCAAACCAGUUCACAUUUGGUAGCAUUCUCAAGGGUUGCACCAUCUCAAGAAAUCUCAAACUGGGCGGUGUGGUCCAUGGAAGCUGUAUCAAAUUUGGGAUUGAUUUGGACCCAUUUAUAGCCACCACGCUUGUGGACAUGUACGCGAAGCUCGGAAGAAUCGAGUACUCACUCAAGAUCUUCUCUCAAGCGCCAAUCAAAGAUGUGGUGAACUGGACGGCCAUGAUAGCAGGUUUGAUCCAUCAUGGGCAAGAGGACAUGGCUAAGAAUCUCUUUCUCGACAUGCUCCGAUGUGGAGUCGAGCCUGUAUCAGUUACAUUUGUGAGCCUCGCAAAGAUUUUCAAUGAACCAAGAAUGUUAAAUGAGGCCAAGCAAGUUCAUGGCCUCAUUUUCAAGCAUUGCAUGGAGCUUGAUGCUCUUUUGGGGAGUGCUCUCAUAGCCAUGUACGGCAAAUGUGGGAGCACGGACGAUGCAUUUAGGCUUUCAACCAGGCUUCAAAGCAAGGAUGUUAUAUCACACACCGCAUUGCUUGUAGCAUAUGCACAAAAUGGUUUUGACCAUGAUGCCAUGAUAAUGUUCCAUGGCAUGAUAGAUGAGAACAUGAAGAUAGACUCUUUUGCUAUCGCCGCUGUUCUUGGGGCUUGCUCUGGUCUCAAAGCCUCAAAAGCUGGUAAAGAACUCCAUGCUUAUGCAAUAAGGAAAGGCUUCAUAUCAGAUAUCUCAGUUCGAAAUUCCUUAAUUACCAUGUAUGCGAAAUGUGCUGAGGUUCAAAAGGCAUCUACUAUGUUUGAUAUGAUGCAUGUUCAGGAUGUCAUUUCCUGGACUGCCAUGCUCGCAUGCUAUGUACAGAAUGGGUAUGGGGAAGAAGCUCUCAUACAUUUUCGCUGCAUGAUUCGAAUGGGACUAAAACCUGAUAUGUUUAGCAUAACUGGUGCAUUGAGGGCAUGUGCCACCAUAGCCACCCAUGGGUCAGGUGGCCAAAUACAUACAUGGGCGAUAAAAACAGGGCUCCAAAUGAACAUCUCAGUGGAGAAUGCUCUUGUUACCAUGUAUGCUAAAUGUGGAUGCAUACACGAUUCAUAUGGGCUAUUCGAAUGCAUGCCCCAUAAGGACAUUGUCACAUGGAAUGCCAUAAUUGCAGGGUUUUCGCAACAUGGGUUUGGAAAAGAGGCUCUUGCCCUUUUCAGGCAUAUGAAAUAUCAAGGCUUCCAACCUGAUGACUUCACCUUCCUUGCAGUCAUAGUGGCAUGUAGCCAUGCCGGCCUUGUUAAUGAUGGCAUCAGGUACUUCAAAUCCAUGCAUGAGACGUACGAGCUUGAGCCCAAAAUGGAGCAUUAUGCAUGCAUGGUUGACUUAUUCGGUCGAGCUGGAAGGCUCAAUGAUGCAAAGAAAUUCAUAGAUUCUAUGCCUAUUGAGCCCGAAUUGCCUGUAUGGGAAGCCUUGCUUGCAGCCUGUAAAAUACAUGGUGAUAUAAGGCUUGGUAAAUUAGCAGCUGUAAAAAUAUUAAGGCUUAGACCAGAGCAACCUUCAACUUAUGCUCUUCUCUCUAACAUUUAUGCAUCAUUGGGUGAAUGGGAUAAAAAAGCAGAGGUUCUAACCAUGAUGAAAGAUCAAGGAGUAAAAAAGGAACCUUCAAGAAGUUGGAUUGAGAUUAGAGGCAUAGUCCAUGGAUUUGCGAUAGAGGAUAAGUCCCAUCCUCAAACACCACAAGUGUAUUCAAAGCUUGAGGAGCUCAAGAUCAAGAUGGAGGAAAUGGGUUAUGUGGCAGAUACAAAUUUUGUUCUUCAUGAUAUUGAACAAGAGCAAAAGGAGUAUUCGCUUCUCCAUCAUAGUGAGAAGUUAGCAGUGGCCUUCGGUCUUAUUAGCACUGCAAAAGGGUCACCUCUCCGGAUCAUGAAGAAUCUUAGGGUUUGUGGGGAUUGUCAUACUGCGAUGAAACUGAUUUCAAAGAUUGAGGAUCGAGUGAUUGUGUUAAGGGACACAAAUAGAUUCCAUCAUUUUGUUCACGGGGUAUGUUCCUGCCAAGAUUACUGGUAACCCAAAAUAAGAACAGGGUAAAAAGGUUGGCCCUCUGGGGCAGGAUUCUGACAGUCGACCAACUCCAAAAAAGAGGGUUCCAGUUACCAAAUAGAUGUGUGAUAUGCUUCUCGGACGAAGAAACAAUUGAUCACCUACCUUUUCCUACACUGCCCGGUGGCGUCACACCUUUGGAAAUACAUUCUAUCUUUGUUCAACUGGGUAUGGGUUACCCCUCAUUCGCGACCUGAUCUCUUUAAGUUAUCGUGCUUUUUACUUGGCCCAAAGCCGGAGUGCUCCUUUGGAAAGCUACGGUGGUGGCAACCAUUUGGUCCCCAUGGAAGGAACGCAACAAUAGGAUCUUCCAAGGGACCUACGCCCCAAACCACAAGAUCUUGGGGAUGAUUAAAGGCUUGGUUAUUUUCUGGGCCUCCAACGAUAAACACUUCAAAGGGAUGGUGGCUCACAAUUUUCACCUUAAUUGGACUAAAGUCCUCUUUUUCAAGCCCCGCAAGAUCCUCCGUUCUGUCCUUUGGAGACAACCAGAGAGGGGCUCUAUCAAGCUCAACUUCGACGGUUCCUCUUUGGGCAACCCUGGCCCGGCUGGGGUUAGCGGCAUAUUCCGAAAUCACGCCGGUAUCACCGCCGUUCAACAUUGAAGGGGAUUCAAAGAAUGUUAUCUACUGGGCGUCUCACUUAGCACAACCCCUUUGGGGACUUUAGCACAUAUUUGACGAAAUUCACAUUCUCUGCAGGGGUACAUAGGUCUCUUGGCUCGUAUCUGGAGGGAGGCCAACCGCACAGCUGACGAUCUUGCUAAAAUGGGUGCAGCCAUGGAGUAACUGGACGCCUCUAGUCUGGUGCAGUUUUUGGUUUUCAUUUAUCAAGUAAUGGUUGUGGUUUAUGUUUGCUGUUUUUUUCUUUUUCUUUUGUCUCCCCUCUCGGUGACCAGCCCUCUUGGGCAUUUUUUGUACUUGUACUCUCUCCACCAUCAACACAAUGUUAAUUACUCUCUCUCAAAAAACAAAAGGCCCACUUUCGGAUAUAAUGUAACCAACCAUAUCAUUUUCUGUUUUUUUGUUUUUUAACUGCAUUCUUUUAUUGAUAUUACAAAAAAUGGAAGUGAACAUAUCAUACCUCAAU